CUGGGUGGGGGCAGAACAGAAGGGAGAGGACAGCAGGGUGAGACAGCCUCUCCUCCACCUGCACCUGGUCUCUUGGUUCACUCGCAAACGCCUCCCCAGGAACGACCAGGGGACCGGAGCCCCGUUCUCACCCCCCGGGGAUACUCGCCGCCCUCCGGGCUUAAACUUUUUGGGUUUUUUUUUUGGAGCGAGUGGAACAAACGUUCAGGGAUCCAUUUUCUUUUCUUUUUUUUAAAUGUGUUGCCUGGAAGAAAAGCCGUCGGCUUAUUAGCCCCCCCUCCAUCCCCCCCCCCCUCCUCCCCCUCUCUCUCUCUCUUUCGCUCUCUCUUUCUCCUUCAGGAUGAAUUUGUAAACCUAUCGGAUUGUUUAAUUCCUGCGCAGUGCUGCGCGCAGAUUUUCCAACACGGCUCCAAAAAGGCGCAGCGCGCGGGGAACGCGGCGGUAACAUCCCGCAACUUUUCUUUCUGUUCUUUCCUUCUUCCCCCCCUCUGGAUCUCAGCGGCGAAGUGCCAAAGCCAAAGAUUUAGAUCUCUGUGGGCUACCUGCAUGACUGUUACCAUGGCAGCAUCUGGAGCCCAGCUCCUCCUGCUGGCCUUGUGUGUUUACCGAGGCUCGGGCCUGCAGCAGUCGGCUCCGCGGAUCCGCCUCUCCUUCAAAGAGCUUUUGGACACGAGGGCGGCGCGGCCUUUCAGUUUCUCCUUCAACACCAGCGACUACCGCAUCCUGCUGAUGGACCAGGAUCAGGGCCGCCUGUACCUGGGCAGCCGCGAGUACCUGGUGGCCCUGGACAUGCACAACGUCAACAAGGAGCCGCUCAUAAUCCACUGGCCGGCAUCUGCUAAGAGAAAGGGAGAAUGUCAGAUGACAGGAAAGGGAAGACAGGGGGAAUGUGCCAACUUUGUGCGGCUCAUAGAGCCGUGGAACCGCACCCACCUCUACACCUGUGGAACGGGGGCGUACCAGCCCAUCUGCACGUUCAUCAACCGAGGCUGGAGGGCGGAGGACUACCUGUUUAGGCUGGUCCCUGGGUAUGCGGAUUCAGGGAAGGGAAAAUGCUCCUAUGAUCCCAAACAGGAGAACAUUGCGGUCCUGAUCGAUGGUAACCUGUAUGCAGGGGUCCAUAUCGACUUCAUGAGCACAGAUGCCGCUCUGUUUAGGACCAUGGGAGGGAGAACGGCAAUCAGGACGGAGCAGUAUGACUCCAGGUGGCUCAACGAGCCCGUGUUUGUUCAGAUCCAGCAAAUCCCUGACAGUGCAGAAAGGAACGACGACAAGCUUUACUUCUUCUUCCGCGAGAAGAGCCUGGACUCCAGCGGCGGGGCGAGCCCCAGCGUUCUGGCCAGGGUGGGAAGGGUGUGCCUGAAUGACGAAGGAGGCCAGAAGUCCCUGGUGAACCGCUGGACGACGUUCCUGAAGGCUCGCCUUAUCUGUUCGGUGAUCGGAGAAGACGGAGUGGAGACGCGAUUUGAUGAACUACGAGAUGUGUUCAUUCAGCCCACACAGGACGAGCGAAACCCUACGGUGUACGCUCUCUUCACCACAGCGGGCUCUGUGUUCAAGGGGUCCGCCGUCUGCGUGUACUCGAUGGCCGACAUCCGCAAUGUCUUCAAUGGGCCGUUUGCCCACAAACACGGCCAUAACUACCAAUGGACAGAGUACACCGGCAAGAUUCCCUACCCGCGGCCCGGGACGUGUCCAGGAGGAACCUUCACUCCCGGCAUCCGUUUCUUCCAGAACUUUUCAGAAGAAGCUGUGAAUUUCAUCCGAGCCCAUCCCCUCAUGAUCCAUCCGGUUUAUCCCGUCCACCGGCGCCCCCUGGUGGUGAGAACCGGCGUGGACUACCGCUUCACCGCCCUGGUGGUGGAUCAGGUGGAUGCUGUGGAUGGACGCUACGAGGUGCUCUUCCUGGGGACAGAUCGAGGCACCGUACAAAAGGUUAUAGUGUUGCCGAAGGACCCGACCAGCAUGGAGGAACUGACUCUAGAGGAAGUGGAGGUUUUCCGGUCCAGGGCGUCAGUCAAAACCAUGAAGUUGUCCUCUAAAAGACAACAGCUGUACGUGUCGUCGGACGCGGGCCUGACCCAGGUGUCUCUGCACCGCUGCGGUGUGUACGGCAGGGCCUGCUCCGACUGCUGUCUGGCUCGAGACCCCUACUGCGCCUGGGACGGAGAGAGCUGCUCCGCUUUCACCCCGUCGACCAAGAGGAGGAGCAGACGACAGGAUGUCAAACACGGUGACCCGCUGAGGCAGUGCAGGGGCUUCAACGCCAAAGUGGAGAAACGUCUGAGGGAAACGGUGCAGUUUGGGGUGGAGGGCAGCGGCACCUUCUUGGAAUGUCAGCCUCGCUCCCCCCAGGCCUCCGUCAAGUGGCUCUUCCAGAGGGAGGGAAAGAGGAAACUGCUCACCCGCGCCGGAGGUGUUCUCAAGACCAACCACGGCAUCCUGCUGAAAUCUCUCAACCAAUCGGACGCCGGGCUGUACCACUGCCUCGCCACCGAGAACAACUUCAAGCACACGGUGGCCCGCGUGGCGCUGCGCAUCCUGGAUCGAGACAUCGUUUUAGCCCUCACCGCUCAAGACGGCGAGGACGACGAGCCCAAGACCCUCAAAGCGGGGCCCCACCAACAGUCUCCCCUCGUCUCCACGCCUUUCCCGCCGGAGAUAAGACUGAUCAACCAGUACUGCCAGUCCUACUGGGAGAAACUCAGUCCCAAACAGCAGCAGCGCAAGCGCACCAGCCGCAGGCACACGGAGGGCCAGGACCAAGGACUCGGCUAG